AGAAGAAGUCCCGCCCACAUCCGGAGGGGAAACCCCAGAAAAAACAAUAGUCACAUAUUCUGUUCAUGCGGAAAACAAUUCAUCGCUCUCCAUUGUCACUUCCAUCUGCUAGCAAACAACCGAAAAAUGCAAAGCUGCGGUGUGGUGGAAUGCACUACCAACAGGGCUAAGUCCUCCCCUGCAGAGAGUCAGUCCCUGCCUGAACCUACCAUGGCUCCCGCCCCAGAACCAGUCCAUGCAGCAAUCCCCAUUCCACGCAAUGAGGACAAGUGUGACACACAGAACCAGGGUCUUUCUGGGUCAGAAGCUGCUGGGACAGCGCAGAAGGAGGACGUGCUGGUGACUGAGUCCAAGGUGGUGGAGAUUACGCUCAUGGGAUUCGAGAGGGAGAAAGUGGUGGCGGCUCUCGAAGCAAGCUUCGGCAACUCUGAGCGUGCCGUGGAGUACCUUCUCGAGGGGUUUCCCAGCCAACCAGUUCAGGAGAGCAGACCUUCAGACAGGUAUUCUGUAGGUGCAGACACUCAGACUACUGAUGAGGGACCCUCUGAGGAAUGCUCACCAGAUGACACACCACAGGAGAAGCCAUAGAGCGAGUGAGAAGGGUUAAAAGCACUGGGAUUUUCAGAAGAGCAGGUGAUUCGGGCAUGCUUUGCUUAUGAGAAGAAUGACAAUAUGACUGCCAACUUUCUGCUGGACCAGAACUCCAAGGAUGAUUGAGACCCAAACUCCAACUCUCCUCCUGUCUUCAGCUGAAGCUCCAUGACUGGAGACAUUACUAUUUAAUAUAGACAGGUUGAAAAAUGUAACCGACAUUAUGGAAGAUGUUUUGAGCAGAGGGUAGAUUGUUGUGAGGAUACAAUAAGGCAGGGACGAAUCAAUUUUAAAAAUUAAGUGUGUAUAAUAUAUAUAUAUAUAUAUAUGUAUACACACACACAGUUGCAAUCAAAAUUAUUCAACCCCUCUAACCCAUAAGAUGUCUUUGUGAUGUGAAUAAAAUUUCUUGACAAUGUAUCAACUAAGGCCCUUGUGAACAGAAAUACAUGUUUAUUAGAAAAUGUUCAAGUGAUUUUGAAAACAUACAGCUGAGUUUAUUAUUUGUUAUAAGGAAAAAAUGAAAUUCUCUCCAAAAAAACCAAGGACCAAAUUAUUCAACCCCCAAAAUCAGUACUUUGUGGAACAUCCUUUAGCUUUUAUGACUUCCAAUAAACGCUUCCUAUACGUGCUCACAAGCCUCUGACACCUCUCAUUUGGAAUCUUGGCCCAUUCUUCCUGUGCAAAUGCUUCAAGUUCACCGAUAUUCUUUGGUUUUUGUGAUGCCACUGCUUUCUUGUUUCUUUCAAACACUCCCCUCCGGCAGGAGGCUGCAGUCCAUCAGGACCAGUACUUACUCUAACACUUUGUCCCCUUGCACUAUUUCUUCACUAUAUAUUUAUUGUUUACUGUUUGCACUAUGUUUAUGUUAUUGCACUAUGUUUAUUUUAUUUCAUUUCAUUUCAUUUUAUUUAUUUUAAUUUAAUGUUCAAUGUUAUGCAUCACCAGACCAAAACAAAUUCCUUGUAUGUGAAAACCUACUUGGCAAUAAAACCUGAUUCUGAUUCUGA